AUGAAAUCUUUUAAUGGAACUCAGAAUACUGAAUUUUGUUCUUUAUUAAAAGGAAUCACAUCUGGCCCUCCUGUUUCUUACAAUCCCGCGAGUUUUACUGUUUCCGGUAAAUUAAGUAAAGGUGAUAUAACUGUAAGACAAACCUUCCUUAGAAUUGAAUAUGAUGAAGCGGAUAUUGCUGUUGUGGAUCAACCCAGUGAUCCAAAAGAUCCAUAUGAGGUCCAUGCUUGUGCAAUUGAUACGGUUUUACCUUGA